GGACCGCAAAGGAGGCGGGGCUUGCAUAUUUAAGAGGGCGCCUAUGUAAGUCGUGCGCUGGGCGGAGCGUACAGAAAAGCGGCGGUGGGCGUGAGAGCUGGAGCUCGGGCUCUGCUGCUGGGCGCGCCUCCCCGAGUCGAUGGUGCAGCUCUCUCCCUCUCCUCUGAGUUCACAGGGGGGCUGGGAGGGGAGCAUGAAGCCAGCCAAGCCCCCCGGGAACCGGCGGGCACUCAGCCCCCCGCAUCCUCCUCUCCCCUCCUCGGCCUCGCUCUCCCACACCUAUGAGACCUACGUUGACAACGGACUCAUAUGCCUUAAACACAAGAUCAGGAACAUCGAGAAGAAGAAGCUCAAACUGGAAGAUUACAAGGAUCGUCUGAAAAAUGGAGAGCAGCUGAAUCCUGACCAGCUGGAGGCCGUGGAGAAAUAUGAAGAAGUGCUCCAUAACUUAGAGUUUGCCAAGGAGCUUCAGAAAACCUUUUCUGGACUGAGCCAAGACCUCCUCAAAGCACAACGGAAGGCCCAGCGCAGGGAGCACUUGCUGAAGCUGGAGGCCGAGAGGAAGAAGCUGUGCACCCUGCUCCAGGUGCAGUACGUGCUGCAGAGCCUGGCCCAGGAGCAGGUGCGGGCCGACCUGCGGGAGGGCCUCCACGGUGCCCUCUGCUUGCCCCUGCAGGAACUGGACUACCUCAUUCAGUUUUCCAAACUCACCUGCCUGGAGAGAAACGAGAGUCUCAGUGUCGAAGACCAGAUGGAACAGUCAUCCCUGUACUUCUGGGACCUCCUGGAAGGGAGCGAGAAAGCAGUGGUGGGGACGACAUACAAACACAUGAAAGACCUCCUGUCUAAGUUGCUGCACUCGGGCUAUUUUGAAACCAUCCAUAUUGCAAAGAAUUCCAAGGAGAAAGAAGUGUCCUUGGAGGAAGAGGAGCUCAUAAAACCAGAACCGGAAAACCAGUUACUAGAGAUUGAGACUGUCCGAGAGUCAGAGUCCCUGAUGGAAUUUUCACAGGCAGAGAUUCAGCCGCAGGAGUUUCUCAACAGGCGUUACCUGGCAGGAGUUGAUUAUUCACUGGAACAAGGACAGCCAUCCUGGGAGCCGGGUUAUGCUGGAAGACCCAGCCUCUCCCAGUGCUGGGAGGAGGCAUGUGCUGAAGCAGAUGACCAGGAGAAGAGAGAGGCCUGGGAAUCUCCUGGGAAGUGCCAGCAGCUCUCCAAGCCCGAUGCUCCCCUGGACGGUAGGAAACGCCAGGUCCCAGCACUCAGGUCCUCCUUGGCUCUCCCGGUGGAGCGGGGAACGCAGGCCGUGUCCAGGCCCAAGCUGCCUCCCAGCCAGUGGGAGCCGGAUAGGCCUGUGGGCAAGGUGGGUGGCCUUCCUGAGGACCAGGAGCAGCAUGAGGCACCACAGCAGCCUUGGCCAGGCCAGCUGCAGAAGGAACAGGAACAGGAGCUGGGAACUCCAGCCGCAAAGGCUCUGGGCACCUGGGAGAAGGAUGCAUCCGCAGAGCAGAAACACCCUUACCUGCCGUCCUCUCAGCUGGCUCCUAAGUCCUGGGGCUCAGCUCCUGCCAGCCUCCUGCCCAGGAAGCUCGCCACAGCAGAACCCAAAAAUGUGCCUCCACCUUUGUGUCAGCCGGCUGGCUCCUCUUCCUCCACCCUCCCUAAGGAGCCUGUGCUGAGGAAGAAAAAGCUGCAGGACCUGAUGACCCAGAUUCAAGGGACUUGUAACUUUAUGCAAGACUCUGAUCUGGAUCUUGACAAACCUGCAAGUGUGAUUCCAGCAUCCCAGCUGCCUCCUGCCUCUCCCAGCAGCCCAGAAGCAUCUUCAGAACAAAGUCUAGCCAGUCAGAGUGAUUUUCUUCAGGAGUCGUUACAGGCCAUGUCGUCCCCCAUCACAUGUAGCCCGAGCACUUGCCUGGACGCCACCCAGCAGGUGACCUCAGGAUCGGACAUGGAGAGCUCGGAGGCCGUCGGGGCACCCAGCAAAUCUCCUUCUGCGAACCCUCCCUCGUGCCAGGGCUCCGAGCAGGCCUUCCAGUCCCCUCCGGGGAAUGGUUCCAUGACUGUUUCCUCGAUGCCUUUCCAAGCCAUGCAAACGGUCCUCCAUGGGAAAGCACCACUGCCCCCCAGGAAGGAACAGGAAGCCAAAGAGUCCCUGUACUCAGCUGACUGCAGCCACGGCUUCUCCACGACCAGUACACAGACACUGCCUCAGUGCCUACUGCCCACCAUCCACCUCGAGCCAGCCAUGCUUCCUCAGGAUGUGGCCAGCUAUCCCGAUGUCAUGGCUCCAGGGAGCAGCGGCAGCCUGGCCUUCUACCCCGCACCAGCUGGUGUGUUUCCCAGGCCCUCCCCACCCUUCAUGGCCAGCCGGGCGCCUGUGCGGGGGUGCUCGCGUGGAGGGAGGCUGCUGGCUGGCUCCUACAGGUCCCCCGGAGGGUUCAAAGGUUUCGAUCCUUACCGAGGACAUGCAUCCGUUCCCAAUGGGAGUUACAGCCAGCUACAGUUCCAGACCCGGGAGUUCACCGGAGCACCUUACUCCCCCAGGGAUAAUUUUCAGCCAUGCUACAAGCGAGGAGGGGUACCUGGUGGUCCUCGGACGAGUUCCAGAGCCGCCGUGGCCACAGGAUGGAGUGACUCCUCCCAGGUGAGCAGCCCGGAGAGAGACGCUGAGGCCUUCACCAGCGGGGACUCGGGCCACGGGGACUCUCGCAGCCUGACCCCCGUGGACACGGCAGGCACCCUCCUGCCCCUGCAUGUCUACUCCCUGCCCCCCCAGAUGCGUGUGGCCUUCUCAGCUGCCAGGACCUCCAACCUGACGCCCGGGACCCUGGACCAGCCCAUCGUCUUUGAUCUCCUGAUCAACAAUCUGGGGGAGACGUUCGACCUGCAGCUGGGCCGCUUCGCCUGCCCUGUCAAUGGCACCUACGUGUUCAUCUUCCACAUGCUGAAGCUAGCUGUGAACGUGCCGCUCUAUGUCAACCUCAUGAGGAAUGAGGAGGUGCUGGUGUCGGCCUAUGCCAAUGACGGGGCCCCAGACCACGAGACGGCCAGCAACCACGCUGUGCUGCAGCUGUGCCGGGGGGACCAGAUCUGGCUGCGCCUGCACCGUGGUGCCAUCUAUGGCAGCAGCUGGAAGUACUCCACCUUCUCCGGCUACCUGCUCUACCAGGACUGACAGUGGGAUGGAUGGCGGGGCAGGGGCAGUCCUUGCAGAUUCCCACCCCCUGGGCUCUCGGGCGGUGCUUUCCUUCCUCGGGGCCAGAGCCACUCCUUGGUGUCUCCUGUUUUCCUCCUCAAGCUGAAAAACGUAUGAAUGCAAGUCAGCACUAACUAACCGGGCCCUUGAUGGGUUGUGACUUGAGAUGUAGCUUGGCUAGUGUGGCCGGGGGUGCACACUGGCACCCUUAACCCUUCCCUGUAUACAUGUCCAGCUGACUAACCCCACUGCCUUGACUUCAGGUGAGUCCCAAUGCCUUGUUGUGCCUCAAUAAAACAGUUAGACACACGC